UUUAAACCAGUCUGAUCUCUCCUGAUUAGUGGAUAAAUAGUCGAUAUUUGGCUAUUUAACUUCUGUUAUAUCCUCCUUUUUUACAUUAAAUGUGUAAAUGCAUGAUGUUUACAAGUAGCUGAGCUUCUGUUCACAGAGCUGGUUGCUUGUUUCUCAACAUCUGGCAACGCACAGAAACGCUUGGUCGGCUAAAAAUACCCUCAACUUUUUGUCACUUGUGGACCGGGUUUCCUGAGUCUCUGCAGAAACUCUCUGAAGGCAAAGCCUGCUCUUGUGUCUGGAUGGGGCAGGCAGUGUGUUUCUGAUUUUACAGCCCUCAGCUGUGAUGAUGGCAAACCAAAGGGAGGGGAAGUUUAGGUCACAUGGUGCCGAAGUCAUUCUGAAAGUAUGCUAGCGGGGGAACUGCCCACAGACGGGGCCAUGCCACCAGCAUCAUCUGCAGAGCUAAACGCCGUUUUCUAGCAGGCGAGAAGACGAGGAGCGAAAACAUGUCUGACCCGACCACCGACUCCUACCCGACCAGCCCCACCUUUAACACCACCUUCAUCCCCACCUUCAGCUCCACCGCCGCCCUCACCUCCAGCUCAGGGACCACCAACACCUACGUCCAUGACGUCCAUGACAUCACGGCCGCCGAUGGCCUGACCUCCAGAACCAACCAGGUCUACAGCGCCGUGGCCCUGCUGGGUUUCUGCGCCGGUUUCUUCGUCGUCUUCAGCUUCGUCCAGACCUUCCGGGCCCAGCGGCGGCUGGCCUGGCUCGACUGCCUCCUCUGGGUCUUCUGCGGCCUCCAGCUGCUGCUGCUGCUCCUGUCGCUCCACAUCGUGGCGCACCGACCCAAAUACAUGCCGAACUCACUGCUGGGCUGCGCCGCGCUCUCCUUCGGCGUCAACGCCACGUCUCUCUGCGGCGUUCUGGUCUUGGUGCUGAUGGCGUUCGUCCUCACCCUGGACCCGCCGUCCAACGCGCCGCUGCGGAAGCCGACGGUCUGCGCGGCACUGGUGCUGCUGUCCUCGGUGGCGGUGAGCCUGCUGCUGGCAGGGCUUCGGGGCCUGCCGCCGGGGCAGGACUGCAUCAUGGAUCCGGCCCCGGCCGGGAUCGCGUACGCAGCGGCGAAGCUUUCUCUGGUGGUCCUGGUUCCCUACACCCUGCAGGUUGGACUUCUGGUCAGCGGCUGCGUCCGGCAGUGGCGAUCGAAAGGCCGCUUCCUGUCGGGCUCGGAGGAAGGUCCGGUCUUUCUGACCGUCACGGUGCUGGUCUUCCUCUGCCAGCUGUUCCACUGCGCGGUGCUGCUACGGGCGGCCGGGCUUGUCCAGAACGGCCAGGAGAGGCGCCUGGACCGGGCCUUUCUGACCGUAGCGGAGUGCGUCCUGUUCUCCGGCAGCAGUGGCAGCAUGGUGCUGGUGCUGCUGCUGCACCGGCCGAGCCGGGAGAGCCUGCAGGGGGCGCUGCGGCAGCUGCGGGACUGCUGCCGGCGGCCCGGCCGCGCUCAGCCCAACAGGAACAUCAUAGCGCCGCACAUCGAGAUCACAGACACGCUGCAGGACAUGGAGUCAUAGGCUGCCAUCUUUUUAAAUCUGUUUCUGCAAACUGCAAGCGCAGAAGAAGAACACUGACGUCACAACGGCGCUCUGUUUACAGAAGUAAUCAUGGCCGCCGCCGAUUUUAAAGGGAACUAUGAUGCAAACUUCAUGUUUUCCAUGUUUUUAUGCUUCCAUUUGGGCCUCAACAAGGUCAUGACAGACUUUACUGUACAUUUCUACCCCAACAAACAUCCAUAGUUUAGUUUUCUGUUGUUCCAUCUGUACUGAAAUAUUUGCACUGGAAACUAGACCAAAUAUACUUUAUUUGUGUUUUUGGAGUGAAGAUUUAAAAUCCACUUCAACAUAAGAAAGAGACAAAGGGAUCAAAUUUAAAUAUAUGGAAGUAAAAAACAAACAAACAAACAAACAAAACAAACUGAUUUUUGGUGACAUUUUCCCGCUGUGUGAACGCAGCCUGAGAUGAAACGUCUUUGGUUCAGAAAGAACAGACCUCAGGUUCCUAUUUUUAAACAAGCUAACUUUAGCUGUUAGUAACUUUAGUUGGGCUGUUUUCUCUGGCAGCAACAUGUGGGGGAGGGGCUGUAAAGGCUGUAAGUGGUGGGAAAGCUGCUACCUUGAAUCUACAAACUGAUCCAAGCAGAAUCAGAACUGGCAUCCGACAGAUUAAAACUCUGUGGACGUUUCCUUUCACUUUCUAAGCGUCCAUUUUUAUUUUCAUUUCAUGAAAGAUUGAAAAAUCUGAAACCAAAGAUGUUUUCUGCUGUUUAAAA